AUGUCCCCUUUGCUUGCAAAGGUUCUCACACAUUAUGGGGUAAGACAUAAAGUGGCCUCACCUUAUCAUCCACAAACAAAUGGCCAGGCUAAAGUUUCUAACAAGGAGAUAAAGAGAAUUUUGGAGAAAAUAGUUUGCUCAUCAAGGAAGGACUGGUCAAAGAAGUUAGAUGAUUCUCUUUGGGCUAAUAGGACAGCUAUGAAGACAUCCAUGGGUUUGUCACCUUUUCAGUUGGUCUAUGGGAAAGCAUGGCAUCUGCCAGUAAAGAUGGAGCAUAGAGCUUUAUGGGCUUUGAAAUUUCUGAGUUUUGAUCCUUGUGAAACUCAGAAUACACGCAGUAGGCAUAUAUUGGAGCUUGAAGAGAUGUAG